UUGUAAACAUUAGACUUGCUCGUGUUCAGAUAUCAAGAUGUUACCGAAAAUACUUUGUCUUGGAACAAUUGACCUUCUGUCACAUAUACCUUCCCCAUUCUGAAAUACUUAUUUGACGCGCCUCAAAUUGUGUCAGUGCCCUAGCCAGCUAGCUAGCCUGUGUGACUGGGUGUUGUGUACAGCUCUUUGUGUGAGAUGGGGGACGAUCGACCUUUUGUGUGCACCGCCCCAGGCUGUGGCCAGAGAUUUACUAAUGAAGACCAUCUAUCGGUCCACAAACACAAGCAUGAGAUGACCCUGAAAUUUGGUCCUGCCAGAACUGACUCCGUCAUCAUUGCAGACCAGACCCCCACACCCACCCGCUUCCUGAAGAACUGUGAGGAGGUGGGUCUGUUCAACGAGCUGGCCAGCUCCUUCGAGCAGGAGUUCCGGAAGGCCCAUGAGGAUGACCAAAGGAACAAAAACCCGCUCACGGCCCCCCAGCUUCCGGCCCCACCCCUACAGACCCCCUCUGGGGUGAAAGAAGAGGAUGAGGGACCUCUGGAGGUCGACUCCUCCCCACCAGGCAGUCCUGACUCCACCUCCAGCAUGUCGGACAGCAGCAAAGAGCCAAUGGUGAGAGGAAAGGAGACUCCUCCACGGCCGGUGGUGAGCUCUGCCCCCACGCCAACUAUCGUACGCCCAGGCUCCCUUCCCAUUCACCUUGUUUACGACCCCCUGCACCCGACUCUGCCCUCGCCAACCUCUGUCAUCACACAAACCCCGCCCUCCAACAGACAACUGGGCUCUCCGACAGGUUCCUUCCCGCUGGUAAUGCAUCUCCCCAACGGACAGACAGUCCCUCUCCUCCCCAGCCCAAAUAUGACCUCGGUCAUAUCUCUGGCGAGGCCGUUUAAUUUGGUGCCCAACAUCCCUGGGAUUCCAGGCCCUCCGAUUGGUGGGACCAGCAGUGGCUCCUCCUCCCCAUCUGGGUAUAGUCUACACUCCGAGGCUAAGAUGAGGCUGAAGGCAGCGCUGACCCAACAACAGCAGCAUGGCCCAGGGGCUCAGAACGGGGCUGGAGAGGGCCCAGGGGGGGCAGGUUCCAGCCCCAUUGUCCCCCAGAGACAUGAGCAGAGCCAGCAGCCCUCGCAGCACUCUGACACACCCUCUCCCGCACAGCCACAGCAAACCAGCAGUGGCUCCUCCUCUCCAUUUGGGUAUAGUCUACAUUCAGAGGACAUGAUGAUGUCCCCAGCCCAGCCCACAGGUGGUAGGAGACGGCGGGGUGCGGAGGUUGACCCAGACGAGAGGAGGCAGCGCUUCCUGGAGAGGAACAGGGCGGCGGCUUCUCGCUGCCGACAGAAACGCAAGGUGUGGGUCGGCUCUCUGGAGAGGAAGGCAGAGGACCUGGCUACCAUGAAUGUUUCUUUGACUAAUGAAGUGGGUCUGCUGAGGAACGAGGUCACCCAACUGAAACAGCUGCUGCUGGCCCACAAAGACUGCCCUGUCACUGCCAUGCAGAAGAAGUCUGCCUACGUAGCUGCAGGAGUAGAGGAGAACUCCAGGGACCCCCCCUCCGAGCCUAUGGGUUCCCCAGCCCCGGUUAUCCAGCACGGGCCUUCGCCCCUUGCCCCCAGCCCUGGGGCCAUCACCGUCAACGGGCUGAGCGUCCGCGCGGCUGAGGCAGUAGCCAUGUCGGUCCUGGGCGGCAUGGGGGCGGCCCAGCAGGGAGGGGUCCUCAUGGCCACACAGCCGCAGCCGGCCCCCAGAUGAUGAGCAGGCGCAGGGAGCCAGUAAGAACUCUACAUUGGGCUUUACGAGGCUGGACUGGCACAAUGAUGUGUGCAAGAGAUUGAAAGAGAGAAAGGGACCUGAUUUGAAAUCUGAAAUUCCACCUGUUGAUAGUACUUCUCACUCCCCUCCCCAUCUUUCUCCAUCCUACGCUCUAUGACCUUGGACACACUUGAUAGCCUGACAGCCAAUGAUAAUCACUGAACAGACUGAGUAGUCCUGCCUCUUGGGCCCAUUUUCUGAUUGAUCCUAGCUUGGAUGCACUGUCACUGUCUACAGUUGAAGUCGGAAGUUUACAUACACUUAGGUAGGAGUCAUUAACUUGUUUCUCAACCACUCCCAACAUUUCUUGUUAACAAACUAUAGUUUUGGAAAGUCAGUUAGGACAUCUACUUUGU